CGGUGUCCUCCGGUACAUCACCCGGGACCAUCCGAGCGCACCGCUGCCACGCCCGGAAGAGCGGGCCUGACGCGGACGGUCGGAGGCGCGACCGGCGGGCAAUCGCCAUGACAAUUGUUAUCGGAUUUGAGGGGAGUGCCAACAAGAUAGGUGUUGGGAUCAUCAAAGAUGGCACAGUGCUCUCCAACCCAAGGAGAACAUACAUCACACCUCCAGGACAAGGUUUCCUCCCAAGGGACACAGCAAAUCACCACCGGAAGUGUGUGCUGGAUCUCACGAAUGAAGCCUUGGAGCAGGCAGGCAUCAAGCCAGAGGACAUUGAUUGUGUGGCUUAUACCAAAGGACCUGGAAUGGGAGCCCCUCUGGUCUGUGUGGCGAUCGUGGCUCGUACCUUGUCUCAGCUGUGGAACAGACCUCUCCUGGGGGUGAAUCACUGUGUCGGUCACAUUGAGAUGGGCAGAAUGAUCACUGGAGCAGCAAACCCCACCGUCCUCUAUGUCAGUGGUGGGAACACACAGGUGAUCGCUUACUCUCAGCACCGGUAUCGGAUAUUCGGGGAAACGAUCGACAUCGCCGUGGGGAACUGCCUGGACCGGUUUGCACGUGUGCUGAAGAUUUCCAAUGACCCUAGUCCAGGAUACAACAUCGAACAGAUGGCGAAGCGGGGCCGGACCUUGGUCGACCUGCCCUACACGGUGAAGGGGAUGGACGUCUCCUUCUCGGGAAUCCUCUCGUACAUCGAGGACGCUGCUGAGACGAUGAUUACAGCCGGAAAAUGUACAGCCGAGGAUUUGUGCUACUCCCUGCAGGAAACAGUAUUUGCAAUGUUGGUGGAGACAACGGAACGAGCAAUGGCACAUUGUGGAUCAGAGGAGGUGCUCAUCGUCGGAGGGGUAGGAUGUAACCAGCGUCUGCAGGAGAUGAUGGGGGAGAUGUGUGAGCAGAGAGGAGCCAAGCUGUUUGCUACCGAUGAGAGGUUCUGCAUCGAUAAUGGUGCCAUGAUAGCCCAGGCCGGCUGGGAGAUGUUCCGAGGAGGCCAUGUGACUGCGCUGGAGGAUUCGUGGAUCACUCAGAGGUACCGGACAGAUGAUGUGAUGGUCACAUGGCGGGAUUAGUCGGACUCUGGGGAGGUCCUGAACCAGCGAGUUGUCAGAUGGUCGAUCUGCACAGAGGGAACUGGGCUGGUUCGGGUUGUGAUGCCAGUGGCUUAGCAUCAGCUGGUCGGCAGGGGUGGGGUUCGGGGCCAGGACUCCCUCAAGAAUAAAAGCUCCAAACACUUGGUGGAAAA